GUGCGGGGGAGAACGAGCGAGCGCCUGUCGAAGGGGAGAACAGUUCGUGGGGCGGCGCGCGGCGGCGGCAGCGGCGGCUUUGAGGUGGGCAAGAUCCUGAAGUCGCGCGCCGUCCUUCGCGAGACUCGCUCGCCUCACCCGCGGGGUCGUCAAUUCCCGCUUUCUUUCACUUUCUCCCCACAUAAACUGGCGUGUAUGUUUGGGAAACCGUCGUUAGGUACGCCGGGCCCCUCCUUCUCCGGGGGGUCUUUGAGCAGUGAGGUGCUUCCGACGACUUCCCACUCCAGCCCUUUCCGGCGCGCUUCGAGCUGGUGGCAGCUCUCUGCUGAGGUGAGGGGAGGCUCGUCUUUCCCACUUCCGCGUCCCCUCCUCUUCCUCCAGCUUUGGCCGUUUGUUUUCCUAAGGCUGCCUGCGCUUCGACGCUGCUGGUCGCCCUCGUCAGUUUUUUGCUUCUAGGCUGUUGUUUUGUCAUUCCUUCCCAGUCGUCCGUUCAGCUUCUUCUUGUGGAGAAAUAAGCCCCAGCCCAGUGCAGUUCCAGACUUCCAUUCAACAGGCAUAAGGCACAAGAAGCAGGAAAUCAAAUAACAUGGUGUUUGAUGGUCUGUAUGGCUAAUGGGUUGCUGUUGUGUUUUCAUGAUUGAGUGUAUGAAUGUCUCUUGAGAUAGAUGAAAUGGCUGUGUUUGCUUUUGAAGUGACAAGCUCCCAUUGUCCUUGCUGCUGAAUCACGGAAGUCAUCUCUGCCUACAUUCUCUACAUUGUCCCCUUUGUCUUUGUACUUCCAAGGGUGCUGGCAUAGGAACUGUUCCCAAAAUCGUUCUUCUAGUGACUACCGCCAACCUGCUCAAUAAGAUUUUGCCAAAACCAUUAGCAUUAGUAAAUGUGAAUGUGGGACUCCAAAUGAUUAUAAGUACACCGCAAAGACUGACCAAUUCAGGAAGUGUUCUGAUUGGAAAUCCGUAUACUACAGUGCCAGCCAUGGUCACUCAGACUCAUAUAACAGAAGCCACUGGCUGGGCCCCAGGGGACCGAAAACGAACUGGCGACUUUAUGGAAACAGAGUUUUCAGAAAGUAAAAGAAGCAAGAAAGGAGAUAAGAAUGGCAAGGGUCUAAGGCAUUUUUCAAUGAAAGUGUGUGAAAAGGUCCAGCGUAAAGGAACAACAUCAUAUAAUGAAGUUGCAGAUGAGCUGGUAUCAGAAUUUACUAAUUGUAAUAGCUACUUAGCUACAGGUUCAGCUUAUGAUCAGAAGAAUAUUAGACGUAGAGUUUACGAUGCUCUUAAUGUGUUGAUGGCAAUGAACAUUAUUUCAAAGGAGAAAAAAGAAAUCAGAUGGAUAGGCCUUCCAACAAACUCUGCUCAAGAAUGUCAAAAUCUGGAGAUUGAGAAACAGCGACGUAUAGAACGAAUAAAACAGAAGAGAGCUCAGCUGCAAGAACUUCUACUGCAGCAAAUUGCUUUCAAAAAUUUGGUACAAAGAAAUCAACAAAAUGAACAGCAGAAUCAGAGCCCUCCAGCUUUGAACUCUACCAUACAACUGCCUUUUCUAAUAAUAAACACAAACAAAAGAACAAUUAUAGAUUGCAGCAUCUCUCCUGACAAAUUUGAAUAUCUUUUUAAUUUUGAUAAUACAUUUGAGAUCCAUGAUGACACCGAAGUUUUGAAGCGAAUGGGAAUGUCAUUUGGUUUAGAGGCGGGCAAAUGCUCAUCAGAAGACCUAAGAACUGCUAAAUCCCUGGUGCCAAAAGCUUUCAAAAGCUAUGUCACAGACAUGUCUGCAGGAAUUUCUUGGGUGAACAAGAAGCUAGUUUUCAAUUCUUCUCAAGCAGGUUUACUUUUUGAUACAGUGGGUGAUGUUGCUGUUUCUAAGUCAAGUGGAAAUUCAGGGCUAUCUCUGGAUGCUGAAGUGACCUUAGCAACAGGGCACCUUGUGGCACCCAGCAGUCAGCAGUCCAGCAGUGCAACAUCACAUUACUCAGAGUCACGUGGUGAAACCCCAUGUUCAUUCAAUGAUGAGGAUGAGGAUGAAGAUGACCCCUCUUCGCCAGAAUGAAGGACCAUCCCUACAAAAUGCGGUUCCUGUGUGCUGUUAGCGUGAGCUCAUGUUUAUCUAGUUUCCUUUUCCUUUUGCUGUAUGUCUUUUAGGAAAGAUUCAUUCGGUGUGAGAAAGGCUAACAGAAUUCUUAAUUAAGCCCAGGGCAUGAUCCAGUCCUUGAAUUCAUUCAUAUAGGACAGUGGAAACGCCUUCUCAUAGGCAGAUGGAGGUGAAAAUAUACAGUGUCAUCAAUACCUCUGUUCAAUACCUGGGGCAGUGUGGAUUGCAUUGUUGGUCUUCCUUAGAUUGGAUGGGAAGGUCUGAUGAAAGGCAGACAGCUGCUGUGUGUAUGUUGUAGACCUGGACAGCACAUUGUCAGUUUGAGAGGUAGCCAUACGAUAACUUAUCUGGUGCAUUAGGCCCUAUAGACCAUAAAACUAUAUGUCACCUGCUGGAUCCUGGUGACUAAUUGAGACAGUCUUUAUCAGCCUCAGUGAUGUUGCCUGGCAAAUCAGGAGUCCCCCAUAAGGCCUUGUGCAAGUUAACAGUAUGAAAGGCCCCUGCCUGACUUGGUCACAUGGCCGUCAUAACAGCUGUACACUCACCCCUUUUGGGCCCAUAAGCAGAAUGAUUGGGUUUACCAUUCAUAUACAGUCAAGAAAAAAAAACCCACUUUCUGGAAAGGUCUGAUGGAAUAUCAGUAAAGUGCAUAGCUUGGUUUUCUGUAACAUGGCGUCUUGCUUCCUUAGCUGCCAUCCUUCAUUACCUAAGAUGCUUGUUAUUUCAUGGUCUUUUGAAAAUACUUUCAUUUGUCUUUGCAAAAGGUUGUCUUCUAAGCCUAAUAACAUUAGGGAGGCUAUUGAGAUGCAUGUUUUGAUCUUACCAGCUUGUUCAUAGAAAUGGCAGUACAGAUUUGUUCAGGAAAAUGUACUUGGGCUUAGAGGCUCCUCCAUUUAAAGAACUUGAAAUUUACCAUUUCAACAGAUCCUUUCUAUUAUCCACUAUUAAGUAACAGGAUGAUAUUCAGUAUUAAUACAUUAAAAGAUAACCAGUGCUAAAUAUUAAAACAUUAAUUGAGCUAUAGGGUUACCUGGGUUUCAUAAAUGAAGUUGAUUACAGGGAGCAAAAAUUGUAGGCUAUAAUGUUUUAUACCAUUUUAGAUUAAGAAUAUGUUACUAAAUCCAAACUUAUUUAGUUAACCAUGAAAUAAAAUUAUAUUCUGAAAUAGUACUAAGAUAGUUCCACAAAUUCUACACUAAUCCUACAAUAAUUUAUAUGAUACAACUAUUUUUAAAGAACCAAAAGGGAAAUUUUGUCACUUAUCUUCUGAGCUCAGGUUUUAAAAAAUAAUGGCUAUGAAAUUCCAUCUAUGCUUAAUGCACUGCUAAUGAGAAAAAGUGCUUCAUGGUUUGUAAGUAACAGCAUGAAAAUAUAGCAUUGAUCACUUGAAGCUUUAAUGCCAUAAUUUAAGGAGCAUCUUUACUUGUAAUCCAAGAGAGGUAAUUUUUUCACUUUUUUAAAAUAAAGCAGUUUGAGCACAAAGUAUUGUGAUCUAGUUCUGGGGAAAUGAAAUUAAUAUAUUUUAGCUUCAUAUUCUUUGUGCUGGUGACAUUCUGCAGUGAAUUUUUUCAGAUAAGUGUUAAUAUCCAGAAGAGCAACUUUAUGAGAGAGGUUUUUGAUCUUCCAGUACCUUGCAACCUGGGAACUAACAAGCACCUAUUUCAUUUUUAAUAUAUUUGUGUGAGAUUUGGCAAGUUGUCAAACGACCUUUCUCACAUCUCUGUUUCUGCAAUACUGGAGGGAGGACUGCAGUAAGCUCUAGACUCUGUGAACAGAGCUUUGAUUAAACUUGACAUUACUGUACCAGAAAGCUGGAGAAGUAAAGACACUCUGCCUUAAUCUUCAUUCAAACUCUCAUCUGCUGGUUAGGCAAAGUGGUGCCAGUGUGGUGUAGCGAUAAAGAGUGGUAGAACAAAGUAUGUUUCGCCACUCCUACAUAUAAAGCCUGCUGGGUGACCUUGCACUUGUCACAAUUCUCUCAGAACUUUCUCAGCCCACCUACCUCACAAGGUGUCUGUUGUGGGGAGAGGAAG